AUGCCGCCGAAAAAGAGCAACAACCUUCGGCGGCGCCCCGCGACGCCAAACCUCAACGUUACUCAACUUCAAGCUCAAGUACAGACCCAAGAGGAGCCUCUCACCGCCGACCCAAAUUCACCACCCGAGACACCCACCACAUCACCACCUUUCUCACGCAAGAUCAGUCUAAAACCUCGGCGUCAACCUGACUUCCAUGAUUACUUCCAGCCGCUUGACUCCGAUCCCAAUAUCAGACCGGUCGGCGAUGGUCAUCAGUUCAGUUAUCGACCUUCGCUAGGACCUGAACAAUUGAGCCCUCGUUCGUCUUCCUCGUCUGGAAUGGUCGAGGAUAGCAGUGACGAGGAUAGCAGCAGUGAAGAUGAUGAAGAGUCGGCCAGUCCCAGUAUACGCAGUAUGGGAAAUGCUACGGGCCCAGUAGUGUCCUCGCCAAUUGACGACUCUGAUGUUGAGCUUGAAGACACCGACAGUUCCAGUGAUUCGGAUCCUUCUGAUUCUAAUUCGGACUCAGAAUCCGAAGAGUCUGGGGCUGCUGAUGAAGUCGAGACCUCCCAUGUUACAGUUGCAGCUACUGAAAUCGUUGCUUGUAACUUCACCCUCGAGGAUGUUGAUCCUAUGGACAGCGAUUGCGAAGGACUGGAUGUCUUACAACCCACAGAGAUUGAAUCCAAUCGCAGUCGCUCAAGGUCAAGGCAUAGAAAAGAGCACAAAACCAUGGUCAAGGAUUUCAGAAACCUCAAUUGCAGCAACGAGACGUCAGACACUGAGCAAGCAGCUGACCCCGAAGGCGUGCCCGACGAAGAAGCGAUAUUCCUUAAACACCGAGAGCGACUCAAGAGAAUCCGUCGAAUGAGCAUGGGCAGCAGCUUUGGCAAAAGAACACACAGCGAACUCAGCGAUUCUGAUGACGACGGCGAGGGACUCGAUGCCAACGAGGUUGGCUCUAGCGCACGUCGCAUGCGGAGAAAGAUGCACCGCACCAGUCUAUUGUUCCACGACCCGCCUCCUCCUCCUGCGCGGAUCGAGGAACUUGAGGAACCUGACUCGAGUGAGGAUGAGCUUGUGGCGCAUGAGCAUCUAGCCAGAGAACUACCCUAUUGGGCUAUAGAAAUUAUGGAGGUGGACUCAAGCUCCAGUUAG